GUCGACUGCCUAUUUUUUUUUCUCUUAUAUAACUGCAUUGCAGAGCCCUUCUGUUUCCCCACCACCAUAGUUCAUAGCCAAGCCCUACCACUGCUAAAGUGCACAGAUUAUGAUGAAGCAUCACGUCCGGAGGAGCCUGCAGAAGGUGGACCUGAACUUGAAGCUCGCGCUGCCGGCGAGAGGGGACGCACCGGGGAUUGACGUGGAUGACUACGGAUCGCCGGAGCAGUUGUCGUCGCCGAGCUCGUGCCUGUCUUUGGAGGCUGACCGCGACAGCCCGAAGGAGGCGGCGCCGAUGGUGCUCGCCGCCUGCCCCCAGUGCUUCAUGUACGUGAUGCUCUGCAGCGCGGAUAGCAAGUGCCCCAGGUGCAAGAGCGAUGUCCUCCUGGACUUCCUCCACGGCCGCAACGCCGGCGAGAUGACCAGGAAAAUGUAAACCGCUCAAAGUGAAUUAAAGAAAUUAAAAAUAAGGUUCCUCUUAAGAAAUUAAUGCAAAUUGAU